ACAUCGCCCCACUCGGGCAGCCAAUCAACGCGUAAUCAGCGACGAGAUGAUCGCGUAGCCACCAUAACUGUUUACACUGCCGUUCGGGGAGCGCGUCCCGUCAUCUUCACCGUCAUUACCGUUCGCACCGCCGCCGUCAUUUCCAUCAUCUUCCCGUGGUCGUCGUAUCUGUUGCGUGCACCGCGAUGGCCCGCACGAGCGGCCGACGCUGGUGACGUACGCGUCGUAUCUCCCGUUUAGGUGAGAAAGUGCUCGUCAACCGACGUCGUGCCCAUCGCGAAGGAGAGGCUAGGACGCGCGCAGGAUGCUGUGGACUGCGACAAUCGGAAUUCUGUCAAGUGUGCUGUUCGCUACGGCCACUUUGCACUCCACUGCCAUUGACGGCGGCGGCGGUAGCGGCGGCACCCGCGGUAGCAGCGGCGAUCCGCUCGGUCAUCACGGCCGUUGCGAGCCCAUCACUAUCAACCUCUGCAUGAACAUCCCAUACAACGAGACCAUCAUGCCGAAUCUCAUGAACCAUCAGAAGCAGGAGGACGCCGGCGCGGAGGUACAUCAAUACGCGCCUCUCGUCAAGAUGAAAUGCAGCCCGGACUUGCGUUUUUUCCUGUGCACCGUCUAUGCACCAGUGUGCACCAUCAUCGACAAGGCGAUACCGCCGUGCCGGUCGCUGUGCGAGAGUGCGCGUUCUGGCUGCGAAGGCCUCAUGAAUACCUUCGGCUUUGCCUGGCCAGAAGCCCUGGACUGCUCCAAGAUGCCUCCAAACGACGGUGCUGAGCUCUGUGUCGGGAACAACGAGACCUCGGCUCAGGACCCCGUUGGUCCAGUUUAUCCUCCGCCUCGUAUGCCAGUGGCUGAGUUUCAGCCAGCUUGGAACGAGGGACACAAACCGUAUGGAUCUAGUGGUGCUAGUGGUGCUGGUAGUGGUGGUGGUGGUGGUGGUUUUGCCCUGGGUGCCAGGGAUUUUGGCUUUGUCUGCCCAGUUCACUUCAAGGUUCCACACGAGUUGGGCUAUUCGCUGAAAGUUGGCAACAAGGUAGAGCCUGACUGUGGAGCACCCUGCGAUGGAAUGUUUUUCACUGAGAGAGAGAGGAGGUUUUCUAGAGUAUGGGUGGGCACUUGGGCCUCCAUCUGUGCAGCCUCGUGCUUCUUCACUUUUUUGACAUUUCUCAUAGACACAGAUAGAUUUAGGUAUCCUGAGAGACCUAUCAUCUUCCUAUCAGUUUGUUACUUGAUGGUAUCGUUAACUUAUGUGGUCGGUUGGGCAGCUGGUAACAACAUAUCAUGUAGAGAACCAUUCCUACCACCCAUGGGAAUGCGUGUACCGAUGGUAUCGACGAUUACUCAGGGUACAAAGUAUGAACUGUGUACCGUGCUGUUUAUGGUCCUCUAUUUCUUUGGCAUGGCCUCGAGUAUCUGGUGGGUCAUUCUCACUCUCACAUGGUUCCUGGCAGCUGGCCUGAAAUGGGGGCAUGAGGCGAUUGAAACGAACUCGCAAUACUUUCACCUGGCUGCUUGGGCUGCACCAGCUGUCAAGACUGUUACUAUCUUAGCUAUGGGGAAAGUGGAAGGUGAUAUACUAUCGGGUGUAUGCUACGUCGGCCUCUGGAACGUGGAAGCGUUACGAGGUUUCGUAUUGGCGCCCUUAUGCGUCUACCUCUUUUUGGGCACUUUGUUCCUGAUGGCAGGCUUUGUGUCGCUCUUUCGCAUUCGCACCGUUAUGAAGCACGAUGGUACAAAGACGGACAAACUCGAGAAGCUGAUGAUACGCAUCGGUAUAUUCUCCGUACUCUAUAUCGUGCCUGCCAUGAUUGUCAUUGCUUGUCUCUUCUACGAACAAGCGUACUUCGAUCAGUGGAUGCUGACAUGGAAUAUGGAGAUGUGCUCGCGACCAGGCCCGCAGUCCCUUUACUCUCUGCCGUGUCCUGUAGGCGAACGUACACGUGAUCUGGGCCACAGGCCCGAAUUCGAGGUAUUCAUGAUCAAGUACCUAAUGGCGAUGAUCGUUGGUAUCACCAGCAGCUUCUGGGUGUGGUCCAAAAAGACACUCACCAGUUGGAAGCAAUUCUUCAAUCAUAUACGAGGACGCCGAAACGAGGCCUACGUUUAGUAAUGAUAUGGAGCAUGUCGAAUCACUUCGAAUGUGACAGAAGUCUCGAGCCGUUUCGAAUGUUAUCAUAAAUCAGUAAUUCUCAAAAAUCUUCAAGAUUAACUGUUCCCGCAAGCAUACUGUGUCAUCUAUAUCUACGUGCAAUUUACUAUAAGUAUAUUGUGUCGAUAUGUAAACAUUCAAGAUUUUUAAGAGAAUUUCCGAUUUCGAAUAAUCUCGAAACAAACUCAUAUCCGCGUAUAAUUGAAUCUUUUAAGAAAAAUGCGAGAUUCGAACGUCCAUCAUUAUCUACGUUUAAGGCGCAAAGAUAUACGUGGCUUUAAAAAAAAAAGAAAAUGAAAAUUUAAAUGGUCACGAGAAUGUUAAAAAUUUUUUUUACUUCUCGCUUGGAAAGACAGAGCAAAUAAUCUCUGAUCUUUCGGCAUUUGAACUUUCAAUGUUGCGCUAUAUUCUUUCCUAAACGUACGUAGAUCUUUGCGAUUAAGUAUAAUAAAUUGACAAAAAAAAAGUACCCUCUCGAUACUAGAGGCAUGCUCGGAAUAUCGCGAGUUUACUUACAAUAUUAAGAUUUGUAUAUUUAAUAAUUGGAAUGUGAUUGCAUAAUAUUGCAUGAUUGCAUAAUCAAUAACAGGAGUUCUCCAUGCCUUCCAGGAUUGCGUUCUUCCACAUAACACGAAGAACAUCUAGUCUCUCAAUUUGUUAUCACGAAUUAUGUUGACAGUUUUUUUAUAUUACGAGCUACGAUGAUUUUUCAAAGACUCUAUUUUAUCACUCAGCGCCCCGACAGAAGGUCGGAUCUUGAUAUUUUCAUGUGCAUUCUCUGAAGCCUCGUGGAACUCCUGCUUUAUCAUAGCAAUCAAUUUGAUCGGAGUCGAAAUUGCUACAAGUGAUGCUUUAUUACGUUACGUUUACCGUUUUCUCGUACGUAAUCAAAAGCACGUAUCAAUAUGCAAGUGCUGUGCCAAAUGAGUUUUUCUAAUCUCUCGAGCCGAACGCACGUGAUAUAUGGAUCUGUGUAAAAUAUUCGGGAUUACUAUUCUAUAACGUUUAAUGAUGUCAUUAUGUAUCGCUGCGCAGUUAUUUCAUAAUACAAAAAAUCUGCACAGUGAUACAUAACGAUGUCAUUAAAAGUUAUAGAAUAUACCUCUAAGUGUCGAUUAGUUUGAAAGUAUUACUAGACGACGUUUGUUCGUUAAGUUUAUCGCGCCCGUCGCUACGAACUCUCGAUUCUAUCUUACGUUUAAGUUGGAAAUGCUCAAACGAUGCAGUCAACACAUGAAACAAGUGUCCAAAGUUUUGAAACAACUGGUGUCUGAGGACUUUGAACAAGCAGAGCUCGGUACAUACGCGAAUUUCGACUGAUUUUCAACUUGUUCUACCUAGCAUUAUUCCUCUUACUCCAUUGCCCCGCGCACAACCUAAUAAUGGAAAACUAUUAGAAACAUAUGUUUACAAAUAAUACGUUCCUGAGUUUCGAGCGACUCGAGGUAAAGGAGAAUAAUGUUAAGCGGAACAAGUUGCAAAUGUGCAAUGCAUGCCGAACUUUGAGCUAGAGCUAACUUUGGACGAUCUACAACCCGCGCUAUAAGAUUUAUGAUGAAAUUUUAUUUGCAAUUUGCAUGUACUGUGUAGAAUAGAAAACGUUGAAUAUUCUUUCAUUAUUUUAUAGACAUAUGCAGAUAUCUAUUAUAUUGUAAGAGUUAUCAAUAUUAUGCAUUUAUAAUAUUGAUUAUUCAAACUUCAUUUUUUUGCAAGUAGAAUUUCAUCAUUAUCUGUCAUAAUCAAGUGUCCGAGAUUUCUGUAAAGCCCGUAUCAGAUCAUCGCCAUUAGGGAUUGAGAAUUGCGAAUUGAAAAUUAGAUUUCGACGAAUCAAUAAACUUCGAUCUUGGUUUGCUUUAUUUUAAUUGGUCAAGUUUCAAUCUUCAAUCCGCAAUCCUCAGUCUUCAAUCCAUAGUCUGAUACGAGCAUGAGGCAGCUCAAAUCUAAGAAUACUAAUAAGUCGUAACUGUAACGACGAUCAAUUAAUCAUGUUUUGUAUCGUCGAAUUCUCUCAUCCUUUAAUUUUAUCGAUAUCGGAGAACUGAACCUAUUACGCUUAACUCUUACGAGGCGCAUCUAGGAGACAUACAUAUGGAAACGCAAUAAUACUCAGGCAAAGACUCUAACGGCUCUCUCGGGGAAUUUCUUUUUAUAUUUACUCGUCAGGAGCCCCUUUUGCUACGGACGGCCAAUCCUUUUUCAUCACGCGAUGACGGAUCUGCUACUGCAAUUUACAGUAGCAGCAUUUGGCCUCCCGACGAAAUCUCAACGAGAUUGUAAAAUUUUAACGCGUAAGAAGUGUGCUACACUAUCUUUAGGUUAACACAAUUGUAUAUAAUUAUAUAUGUUUUUUAAUUCUUUACUCUAUGUACUAUAAUAUAUUUUUCAAGAAUUCUGUACAUAUAUAUACACACACGACACGUGCGUGUCGCCGCGAGUUACGACAGCGUCGCACGUUUCCUAUACAUGAUUGAAACGAUUGUGCGAACAAACAUGUGAAUUCGUCCAUCGAAACUGCCGAGCUUUUGUGUAAUGUCGUGCAAGAGAAAAUUCCACGCUGCGAAUGAUAAUACGCGUAAUUAUAUAUAUAAAAAAACAAAAAAUAUAUAUAUAUAUAAUAGUACACGCAUGUAACACGAAUACUUCGACGGCACUAAUAAAAAGUAAUUGCAAUCUU